AUGGUAGAAGCCGCAGAGGGCAGCCCCACGACGUGGAAGUUCACACAGUGCUUCGGCGACAAGGGCGAUGUUGAAGACAUAACAGAAGCGGACAUCAUUUCCACUGUCGAAUUCGACCAGACGGGCAACUAUCUGGCAACCGGUGACAAGGGUGGUCGUGUGGUCCUGUUUGAGCGAAACGAGACUAAGAAGACCUGCGAGUACAAGUUUCACACCGAGUUUCAAUCGCACGAGCCCGAGUUUGACUACCUCAAGUCCCUCGAAAUCGAGGAAAAGAUCAACAAGAUCAAGUGGUGUCGCCGCCAGAAUGCGUCGCAUUACCUCCUCUCCACAAACGACAAGACGAUCAAGCUUUGGAAGGUCUUUGAGAAGUCGUUGAAAGUAGUGGCGGAAAACAACUUGUCACACGAACUGACGCCCGGUGGUGGGGUUGCUGGUGGAGGCGGUCCGGUCAGGAACCCAAACGCACACUUCCGCACCGCCACCGAUCUAAAACUACCUCGCCUCACUCAUCAUGAUACCGUCGUCGCUGCCGUACCGCGAAAGACAUACGCCAACGCACAUGCCUACCACAUUAACAGCAUAUCAGUCAACAGCGAUGGAGAGACUUUCAUCAGUAGUGAUGACUUGCGAAUCAACCUCUGGAACCUGAACAUCCAGGAUCAGAGCUUCAACAUCGUCGACAUCAAGCCUGCCAACAUGGAGGAGCUCACAGAGGUCAUAACCGCAGCCGAGUUCCACCCUAUCAGCUGCAACUGGUUCAUGUAUGCCAGCUCCAAGGGUACAAUCAAGUUGGCGGAUAUGCGAGAGAGUGCCCUGUGUGAUCAGCACGCGAAGCAAUUUGAGCAAGAAGAGGACCCGUCCUCUCGCUCUUUCUUCUCUGAAAUCAUCUCGUCGAUAUCCGACGUGCGAUUCUCACACGACGGCCGUUACAUCCUCUCACGCGACUACCUUACUGUAAAGAUUUGGGACGUAAACAUGGAGCGAACUCCAGUAAAGACCAUCCCCAUUCACGAGCAUCUGCGACCCAGGCUCUGCGAUACAUAUGAGAAUGACAGCAUCUUUGACAAAUUCGAGGUUGUGUUCUCUGGCGACGCCAAGAACGUCAUGACCGGCAGCUACAACAACAACUUCAUGAUUUACCCGUCGGAUCCUGAGAAGGACACCGAGGUGGUCCUGCAGGCUGACAAAUCGGCUUUCAAGGCUAAGAAGGUCGGCAUUCCUACACCGAUGAACUCGUCAACAAGCCCAACGGGCGGCAAGAAGAAUGGUUCAAGAGCUGGCAGUCCUGCAGCUGGUGCGGGUGGGCAAGGACAGCGCAUGAGGAAGGAGACAGAUGCUGAUCAAAUCGACUUCAACAAGAAGAUCCUGCACAUGAGCUGGCAUCCGUUCGAAGACAGCAUUGCUAUUGCAGCGACAAACAACCUCUUCGUCUUCUCAGCGCUGUAG